AUGCCAAAACCUUUCUGUUCUCGUCUUAACGAAACCCUUCGAGCUAAAAAUCGGAAUGCAUUAGAGCCAUGGUUCGCCUUCCUAAAACUGUUUAUAACUGCUCUAGAAAAAUUGCCAUCAACUAGAAAAACUGUUUGGCGAGGAGUGGAUGGUGAUGUCGGCUCAGAGUUCGCUGACGGUCUUGUGCAUACUUGGUGGAGUAUAAAUUCAUGUUCGAUGGAUCUCAAGGUUGUUGAGCAGCAUUUGGGAGAAACGGGCACUAUAUUUGCUAUUGAUGCUGUUCGCGCCAAAAAUAUUUCCGCAUUUUCGACAUUUCCUGAAGAGCAAGAAAUUGUUCUUAUGCCUGGUACUCGUGUUAGUGCUAAAUGUCAAUUACUCAAGUUCAUCGAUCGUUACAUUCUCGUGUCCUUGGAAGAAGAUACUUCUCAAAGGUUAGUUUGUUUUGAAUACAAAUUAAGUGCAUCCAUCUAAUGUAAGCGAUAAAGCCCAAGAUACAAUCGUCGUACAAAAGGUCUCAAUUGUUUAAGAAUUGUCACCAUUUGUUUGACAGCAGUUUGACAAUGGCAUGAUUAUUCAUGAUAGUGCGUAUGAUCAGAGUAAGGGAAAGCUUAUAAGAAGCCAUAUCAGCCUACCUCGAAUUCUACCUAGAAAUCGCUAGUUCUGGAUAAAAAGCAUAUUGAAACGUUUGACGACAUAUUGAGCUAAAAUGAAAGAAGUAGAAGAGAAACGUAUAUCAUUGUACAAUACUCGUGAUAACCAAAAUAUUACGUAUUCUGAUCGGCCAAAAACAGUUGAUAAGAACAUAGUAACGUAGUUAUUUGAAGUUGUGUGACCGUCAAUAAAUGUAAUACAUGAGACUUCACACAUUUGCAUAGACCAUCAGAAUAUUAACUUUCAUCAAAAGUAUUUUUCACACCAAUUAUUCACUUGAUUAUGCCCUAUAGAUAUUAUAUCGAUAGUUGUCGACAACGACUGCCACUGAUCACUUCUUUCAUAAGAUUAUCUGAACUAUCUUUAGAUCUACCUAACUGAGCCUACAGUGAGAGUUUUUUCAUAAGCAUUCCAAUGAAAAAUGUUUGGAUUAUAAUCAGAUUAUUGUGCAACAUAAUCAAAAUUAUAAUUGAUAUACGAGAUUUUUAGUGGUCAAAACCUUUAACAUCCUUUAUAAUUUUGAUUUUAUUGCACAAUGAUUUGAUUAUAAUCGAAGUAUCUUUCACUAAGAUUCUAGAAGUAAAAUCUAAUAUCUGGCGUUGUGAUAGAAGAGAUGCCCUUGAAUUAAUCGUAUUUGUUCUCGAUUUGUGGUUAUAAUGGUGAAGAUCAACUCUUGUAAGAUGCACCAAGGGCAAAAAUCGGGUGGAAAAUUAAAUUCGUUUUUUUAUAUAUGGUUUGAUAGAGCUUGU